AUGUCAGACGCUGGGCAGUGGUGUCUUAUCGAAAGCGAUCCAGGUGUUUUCACCGAGUUAAUAAAAAGAUUAAAUGUUGAAGGCACCCAGGUAGAAGAGGUUUGGAGUUUAGACGAUCAGACAUUGGAUGAACUAAAGUAUGGUGGAAAUGACAGCUCUAAGCUUCACCCCGAUGCGGAUCUAAGCAUUGACAACAGAGUUUACUUUGCAAAACAGGUCAUCAAUAAUGCGUGCGCAACUCAAGCCAUCUUGUCCAUUUUGUUGAAUUGUCCAUCAAUCAAUCUUGGAACAGAAUUAGAAAACUUUAGAGACUUUACCAAGGAUUUCGAUUCGUAUUACAAAGGUCUUACAAUCUCCAACAGCACUCUCAUUCGUUCGGUUCACAAUAGUUUUGCUCGUUCUGAUCCUUUUUUCAUGGAUCAAACUGAUGUAUCCUCAUCCGAAAAAGAAGAUAUCUUUCAUUUUAUCUCAUAUGUUCCGGUUCAUGGUGCGCUUUAUGAGCUCGAUGGAUUGAGUGAAGGACCGGUUAAUUUGGGUCCCUGCACUGAAGAUGACUGGCUGGAAAAAGUUCGCCCAGUAAUACACGAACGUAUGGCGCGUUAUGCUUCCGCCGAGAUCCGAUUCAAUCUAUUAGCACUCAUAAAGAAUCGCGAAGAUGUUUACCAAGCGCGUAUCAACGAAAUUGAUUUAAACGUUGAUUACGCGAAUCGGGAAGCAAAUUCGGAGCCAAAGGAAAUGAAAGUAGAGGUCAAAAAUGAAGGGCCACCACCUAAAGCUCCCCCAAAAGAACCUCCGUCAUUCGAGUUCAUGAGUGAUAUGCCAGCAAUAUCGGCGCAAGAUCUCGACAUUUUAAAAUUGACAGCUCAAUUCGUAGCACGCAAUGGACGGCAAUUUAUGACCGCCUUAUCUCAACGUGAACAACGAAAUUACCAAUUCGAUUUCCUUAGGCCUAAUCAUAGCUUAUGUAAUUACUUCACAAAGUUGGUCGAACAAUAUGCUAAAGUGUUGGUUCCUCCGAAAAAUUUAAACGAUAAAUUAAAAUCCAAUGUUGAAAAUAAGUAUCAGAUAUUGGAACUCGCGUAUGCUUCAAUCGACUGGCACGACUUUGUUAUAGUGGAAACUGUGGAGUUCACCGAAGCAGAUGAAACCAUUGAUCUCCCUCCACCAAUGAGUAUCAUAGAGUUGGAGAACAUGACGCUUGCACAAAAGAAAAUGGCGUCUGUUAGCAUGGCGGAAACUCAAGAAGAUAAAGCUGCAGAAAUCGAUAUGGAGAUGGACGAUGAUGUUGACAUGGAGGAGGAAGACGAUGAUCAAGAUGCGGCGGAGGACGAAGAUCAAGACCAUGAUGCUACUCUUAUAGUAACAGAAAUCAAGCCUCCUGAUGCCUCUGCUCCAAUGAAAAUCGUUAAAGAUUAUACACCGAAAGCUUAUGCACCAAAAACCAUUACCGAGAAGCCCACCCUUAUUUGUCCUAGAUGUAAACAAGCUAUUCCUGUUGAUGAGAUGGAUGAUCACGUUCGUAUUGAGUUGUUGGAUCCUAAGUGGAAGGAGCAAAAGAUGGCCGCGGAAGCAAAGAAGAAAGAAUCAAACUUGCUUCAAGAAGGAACAGACGUUGCCAAAAAUCUCAAAGCAUUUUCUGGUUAUCGUUCUGACAUUUUCGGAAAUGAGGAAACUGAAAUCGGGCGUAAACAUGCUUCACCUGCUCAACAAUCCAUAUUCCAAGGCUACCCUACACAUAAUCCACAGGUCAUUCCGGGAAUGCCUCCAGUAGCAUAUCCUGGUUAUGUUGGGUCUUCUGUGCCUUUCGCACAUCAAUUACAAGGCUAUAUUACAAAUGCAGGAGUUGCACAACCUUCGCAGGCUCGUCCGAUUCCGCCAAUCCCUCAACAGUUUCACCGGCCACCUUUAUCAGGUCGACCGAUGGAAGACGAAAUGGAUCCAUUCGCGAUGAACAAACGUGUCAAAAUGGACCCAACGGGAAUCUUGAUUUCUGAAGAAGAGUGGAUGAUAACCCAUCAAGGUCCAAUAAGUAUACAUAUUCAAUGUCCGACAAUUCCCGAGAAGCCGGAAUGGAGUUGUCAUGGGCAAAUAUUGAUUCUUGAAAAUCUUUCACUUGCGACUCUAGUUUCAACAGUCAAGGAUAAAAUUUUUGCACAAUUAAAUUUCCCGGCAGGAAAGCAAAAACUUACAAUUGGAGGGGCAGUAAUGAAAAAUCAAGUUUCCUUAGCCUAUUAUAAUAUAGAAGAUGGUGGGGUCAUUGGUUUGGCAAUUAAGGAUCGUGGGAAAAAAUGA